AUGUCCAAUCGCCGUCGCAGCACGAAGACUAUCCAGGCAACGCGUUUUUCUCUCCUGCUGCUAGAAGACGGUGAAUGGUUUUUGGACGACCAUUGCGCGUGUUGGUAUCUCGAGCCAUGGGCCACUACACCAAAGGAAGUGCCCGGCAGGCUCAAAGUUUGUACGCGGGGACUAUUUUUCGUGCCUCAUGACUUGCAGGUACCCAUUUUGCGGUUCCCUUUUCGCUCCAUGGACUUCGAACCCAUGGCCGAAUGUUUCGGACCGAUUCGAACUCACUCAGACAUAUCCAAUACCAAUGGGUCUACAAAGACUGGACCGGUGGUAUACUUGACGUUCAAGACCCAACAAGUUAUUGCCAUGCGGACACGAGGCAUUGACCACCCGUACAUUUACAAAAGUACUACCAACAAUGGCGACGUACCCAUCGAGCGCAAUGCACAACAGAACAUCUGUUGCGAUUUAUUCUUCGGCAAAAACAAACUGCCCGCCAAGUACGUUUUUACGCUGCGACACGUGACUAUUGAGGCAUUUCUUGCGAGCAUUCACGUCGUCUACAGAGUAUCGACGAUGUCGCCUCGCCGAGCAUUGACUACUGCGGAAGAAAGCACGCCAUUGGCUCCAGUCUUGUCGUCGAGGUGGACGGACAAGUUUGAUCCGAGUCUGCUCGUUGAUUUUCGCGAGAGAUUGUUGAUGGAAAGAGGAUGUGUUGCUGAUCGCAUCGAGCCGUUGCUCAAGUUUCCAGGCUGCCUUAUGCUGACGACCAAGAGGCUAUACUUUGAGCCAGCAUUGCUGAACAAUGUGCUGGAUCUUGUGCUGAACUGGGAGUAUACGAAGGUCGAUCAGGUAUACAAACGACGCUACCUUCUUCAGCCGAUUGGGUUGGAGAUGUUCCUGAGCAACGGGGACAGUUUCUUCUUCUCCUUUCGCUCUCCCACAGAACGUGACGAUUUUUACGCGCUUCUAGUGGAGCAACCAGAGCUGCAACGUUGUUGUCGUCAGGACUUGCAGUAUAUGAUGCGUCAAUGGCAGCGACGCGAGGUAUCGAAUUUUGAGUACUUGCUUUUUCUGAAUAAUGCCUCAGGUAGGACGCGCAACGACCUGACACAGUAUCCUGUUUUCCCAUGGAUCUUGUGUGAUUACACCAGCCCAGAGCUUGCUCUGGAUGACCCGGCAGUGUACAGAGACCUGACAAAGCCCAUUGGAGCACUCAACGAUGAGCGUCUUGCGUAUCUGAAGGCGAGGUACGAAGGCAUGCCUCGUGGUGCAGAAGCCGAAGAGUUGCCUCCUCCAUUUCUGUACGGUACGCAUUAUUCGACUCCCGGUUACGUGGUGUAUUUCCUUCUGCGGAAGGUUCCGGAGUACAUGUUGUGCUUACAAAGUGGGAAGUUCGACGCACCGGACCGACUGUUUCGCAGCGUCAAAGUUACGUGGGACGGUUGUUUGUCAAAUCAUGCCGAUGUCAAAGAACUCAUUCCCGAGUUCUUCGACUGCGCAUGUCCAGCAGAUGAGUGGUUGCGAAACAUGAAACACUUGGAUUUCGGAAGUACGCAAAAUCGUGAUCGUGUUGAUGAUGUGGUGCUUCCGCCGUGGGCGCAUGGCAGCGCGACCGAGUUUGUACAAAAAAAUCGUGCGGCGCUCGAGAGCGACUACGUGUCAGAUCAUUUGCACCACUGGAUCGAUCUGAUCUUUGGCUACAAGCAACAGGGAGACGAAGCUGUCAAAGCUGAUAAUUUAUUUUACUAUUUAUCAUACGAGGGAUCGGUGGAUAUCCAAGCUAUCGCAGAUCCGGUGCAGAAGUGCUCGUUGGAAGCCCAGAUUCAGGAAUUCGGACAAACGCCAAAGUUGCUGUUUUCUACGCCCCAUCCGUCUCGAAAUGAGAGCAGCGUGGAUGUCGAGGUGGCUACCCCGGACUUGCUUGUAUCUCCGCGAGUGCAGGUUCCUUACGUUCGCAAAUCACUUUUCGUCGAUGAGAUGUCCAAGUCUCGUUUUCAGCGUCGGUACGAAGGCACGCAAACUGCAUUGGAGGAAUACACUGAGUCUGAAGGUGAAGCGAAUGAGAGCUCCAUGCCAGUUUACGAUCGUCAAAAUAGUUGGCACCAGUACAGCCUCAUUUGUUCGGAGACCUCCUUACAGUGCUUUCCAAUCACAAUAAAAGCGGUCUCCGCCCGUUUGCGGAAAAGUAUACGAUCAGGCAAAGCACGCAAGAAGUGGAAGUGGAAAUCCAGACUACGAACAAAGUACAGUCUGUCCGUGUCGUGGGGUUGGAAGCAAAGUUCAGCGAGCCAGUUGCACAAAGGGGAAGUCACGAGCACCGUUCUUUCCAGAGACGGCUCGUUCGUAUUCACGACCAGCAAGGACUGCUCGCUGAAGAUGUCUUCGACCAAAGGUGUGACGCCGUUCCGCAGUGUGUCCGGCAAGUUUGCGCUUUCAUGCUGUGACGUGUCCCCUGAUGAAAGUAUCGUGCUAUGUGGGUCAUGGGAUAACAGCGUGUACAUGGUCUCGGCAAGAACAGGGCAAGUGCUGGACAUGGUGGUCGCGCACUCAGACGGCAUCUCAGCCAUACGCGUCCUGCAACGUCGUUUCUUGACAAGUUCGUGGGACUCGAGUAUCAGACUCUGGAGGUAUACGGCAAGUGCCAUCAAUGUCACUCCAAUUCGAACCUUUCUGGACUGUGAAGAGUCCGUCUGGUGCUUGGCUGUCAGCAGCAAUGAGCAAUUUGGUGCAGCAGGAACUCGAAAUGAGUCCGUCUACGUGUUCAAUCUUGACGCAGCGGUGCUGUAUAGCCAUGCUCAAGUGAGCUCGGAAGAGUGUCCAUCCGGCAUCUCGUCGGUUUCGUUUGCCAACGACAACAAGUCGUACGUAUGCAUCACAAUGCGAUGCGAGGUGUUUCAGUGUAAUCUCCGCGGUGAAAAGCUAUGGAGCAUGGAGGUUCACACGGCAGGUCCAGUCCAGUGUUUCGACAGCGAUGGUGACUAUGCCGUAGGCGGCACUAGUGCUGGCUCGAUUGUGUUUUGGAAGUUGCACGAGAGAGCUGGUGCAGAGGAGGUCUUUGAGCUCCCGCGAGCCCACGAAGCGAGUAUCACGUGUCUCGCAGUUAGCUGUUCCGGCUCAUUGCUCGUGUCGGGCGCUCGCGACGGGUCUGUGCACGUGUGGAAACUUGAACAGAAGUUGCCGCUCCAUCACCCGACAGCCGAUCCUCUCUGUUGGUCAAGAGGGUCAGAGAAACUGCCAUCCGGUAGUGGUACAUUAACAUCCACAUUGGCAUCCACUACUCGCACGUCAACUUCAAUGCACUUUCGACACAAGUCGAGGAUGGAAACAUGUGAAUGGGUCACUGCCCAUGAUACUUUUCGUCCCAUUGUGCAACUCGCGGAAGCACAAUGCUGUCUCGAGUGUUGA